AUGCUUGAUCAGGUAGAAAUACAAAAAAAUAAUGUAAGCUCUUUCUCUUCUCCUCUCAAUCACUUUUUAUAUUAAAAAUUAAAGCAUUAUCCAUAAAAUUUUGACGAGAAAGAAGAAAUAAACAGAAAAAAAAACUGAAGAAGAUUAUGGUUGCAGGUGGAGAUUCUUGGACAGCCGCGUGGUUUCGGGUUUGUGAUUUACGAGGAGAAAGAAUCAGCUGACAAGUGUCUCGCUCAUAACAACGGACGGCACAUUGUCAAUGAACGCAAGAUUGACGUUCGAGUGAGUCGCAACGAAUGAAAAUAAAUACCAAGCUGAGAAGAUAACAUGCAUAAAUUAAAACGAACAAAAUCUAGGAUUUUGAGAUAUUUUGAGAAAUUUUAAGAACAGAAAGCUUGUGUGGUCCGAAACACAGACCGCACAAUGCUUCUGUUUCGAGGUUUCAAGAGUCCAGCUCCCUGUGACUUAACAUUUUGGAGUAUUUUUUUAUUGACCUUCAUUGUCUGGUGUUUGGAAUUGGUUCUUCAAAAAAGUUCUUCUUGCAAUGUGAAGUCAGAUAAGAUUUGAUAUUCUGGUAAAGAAAAAUGAGUGAUUUUUCGCCCUCUUCUGACAGUUGAAAUUGCAAAGACUUGUUUGAAAAGUCUUCAUUUUCAGAUCUUUGUGAAGCAAACGAGCAACAGCACAUAUUGGAAGCGCCCGCAGCCUCCGCAGCAGCCGGCCUUGUACGAACAACUCUCGCAGAUGCAAAUUUCUCGCCAGAAUCGCCCGACCAACGCCGGCUCGCCAGACAGUAUGCCGGCGAGCAGCGUCCGAACUGCUGCCACCACCAACAGCAACGCUCGCGACAGUGUCAAGAACUUUGACGAAGACAGCAAUUAUGGUGGAACAACCACAGAGGUACACUUCCAAUGUUUUUUUUUCCAAAGUUCGAAGGCAACAUCAGCACAAAUAGAUUUUCAUUGUCAAAGGAAUGAUACUUGGAAGUUCAAAUUUUUCUUGGAUUCUUUUGUUUAGUUAAAUUGAUGAACCAUUUCAAUAAUCAGAUUCUUAGUUAUGGGGGGCUUCUCAGAACCGCCCGACUUUUUGGUUCUUUCAGUUUCAAAUUUAUUUGAUUUUCAGGACGAUUUCAAUCAGUACGAACACGACGAGUUCAGCACGUCUUCGGUUGACAGCGAUUCGACACAUCCUGCUUCGACCUAA